AUGUCUUGGUCUGCUUCGGUUCUCAGCUCUACAACAUCGGACACAGAGCCUACAGUCGUCGUCACAUUUGAUUCUGCAAAAUAUAUUUUCAAUGUAGGGGAAAAUACCAACAGAGCUUUCCUUCAGAGCAGGCGUAAUUGGAAGAAGACAAGGGCUAUGUUCUUGUCUUCCGUAGGGACUCAGAGAGGAAGUGGAUUACCAGGUCUUUUGAUGACAUUUGCCGACUCUGGUCUGUCUAGUAUGGACAUUGUUGGUCCAUACGGUCUCCUACAUUUCCUAGCUGCAAUGAGAAAAUAUACUUUUCGUGAUAAUAUGUCUGUCAAUCCUCGAGAGGUCCCGUUGACGCCAUCUUCCUCAUCUACCGAUCCAGUUUACAAGGACGACAAUAUUACAGUAUAUGCACUCCCAAUCUUACCAUACAUCGAGACAGAAAGCUCUAUUUCUAGUCAGGAUAGUUUUGGAUCACAUACGGUUAUCCCUACAAGCUCUUCCGCGCGCAAUUCCAAGCGCAAACGGACUCCCUCUCCCCCUAGCUCUGCAAAACGAUCUUCUCAAAUCACCGCGUCAGAAAGUGAAUUGUCGUUACAGGAGGCCAUGAAAAAAUCCGAUUUCUUGCCAGCAGUACUUAGAGGCGACCUUGCUCAGAGCUGGAGGCGGUUCGUCAUACAGACCAUGUUUCCAGGAACAGCCAUUCCAAAGGUCAUCGAGAGUUCAGUUAAACCACAGGUGAUAUCGCAAAAAGGAGCCAAGAAAAAGGGAAAAAUAGACGACGACGCCUCUGUAGCACCCACUCCACCUGUCGCAAAAAUUUCCCGGAUAUCUCAACCGCCUGGGUUCAACAAGCCACUCCCACCUCUCGAGUUCAACUAUACUGACUCGACAGAUAUUUCUUCAAAGCCUGUUGUAGCUUAUGCUGUAGUGGGCCCACGUGUACGCGGAAAAUUUGAUGUAAAAAAAGCAGAAGCCCUUGGAUUAAAACCAGGACCUCUUCGGAGCAAGGUGACGAGGGGAGAGACUGUCACUGUUAUGGUUGACGAUGGAUUAGGUCAAGGUAAAAUGAUGGAACGUACCAUACGACCUGAAGACUGUAUGGGGCAGAGUGAGAGUCCUGGGGUUAUGUUGAUACUGGAUACCCCUACUCCAUCCCACAUACCUCUCCUCACAUCAGCAUUCACGCGGUCCUCUCUAUUUACCAGCUUCCGGUCCAGAGAGGUGCGAAGUCAAGAAGAUCACGCAGUCCGCGCCGUUUUUCAUAUUUGUGGGAAUCAUGUCCUGGAGGAUGAGGGAUAUAAAGAUUUCAUGGAUGGUUUUGGAUCUGAUGUGCAGCAUAUAGUUGCUUCGCGAAAGCAUGGACACGACCCUGUCACUUUUACCAGUGCUGCUUUCAAUCAGCUGAGACUCAACCAAUUAGACAGCGAAAUAUUCAAGAUUCCAAAAUAUAGAUUAGAGCCCGAUACAGACAUCAGGCGUGGGGGAUAUCUUUACUUCUUGAACAUCGUGUGCAUCCGACCCCCACGCCCUCCACUCCAUGAAAAAGAUACAGAACAUUAUGAUCUAUUCCACCCUGCAACGUCUUCAUCAGCACCAUUUUCUCUUCCAGAACUAACAAUGAAGCGAUUUGCUGAGGCGAAAUCUGCUAUUGAAGAUCGCAUAGCCAAUAACACUGUACCAAAGCAGCCAGGAGAUGAUAUCACUAUUCUACCAUUGGGAACGGGAAGUGCAGUACCGAGCAAGUACCGAAAUGUCUCUGGGACAUUGAUACAUAUACCCAAUUAUGGUAAUAUUCUCCUCGAUGCUGGGGAAGGCACGUGGGGCCAACUUGCGCGUCAUUUUGGUAUCUCGGAUACGCCAUAUAAUGUCUCGCAAGCUCUGAGAGACCUUAAAUGCAUAUUCAUUAGUCACAUUCAUGGCGACCAUCACAUUGGACUGGCUAAAAUCUUGGCAAUGCGACAAUCCCUCUCCCCUCCUGCCGAUUCUCCACUUUACGUCGUAGCGAAUCGCACCGUCUUCAUGUAUCUCUACGAGUACGCUGCUCUCGAGGAUCUGGGUUUUCUUUCACAUAACGGGGUGGUCCCCAUCUUCAACGACGCUAUCCAUUGGAAGCAGAACAACCCGAAUGCAACUCGAUGGAUGUUCGAGAGUGAAGAAGAACAGCGAAGUAUGCAACUUGCCGUCUCAGACUUGUGUGCUUCGCUCAACCUGGUGAGCUUGACAACGGUCGAUGUUGAACAUAGGGCCAGAUGUCAUGGUAUUAUCAUCAGACAUUCAGAUGGGUGGAGCAUCGUUUACUCGGGUGAUACCGUACCUACCCACAGGCUGGUACGAGCAGGUGCUAAUGCUACUCUACUAAUCCACGAAGCCACCAUGGCAGAUGAUCAGGUGGAAAUGGCACGGGCCAAAAUGCAUAGCACUUUCGGACAAGCAGUAAAUAUAGGAAGAAGCAUGAACGCCCAAAAAAUACUUCUUACUCAUUUCUCUGCUCGGUACCCAAAAUUACCACCUCCCGCUAUUCUUUCGCCACCCACAUCUGCCACAUCUGCGAGCAUAGCAAAAGAACCAAUAUUGGCUCUUGCAUUCGAUCAUGCUAGUAUUAAGAUCGGAGAUAUGUGGAAAAUGAAUACCUACAUGGGUGCUAUCGAGCAAUGCUUCAUUGACACAACAGAAGAUGGCGAUGAAGAAGAAAACACAGAUGCACUGGGUAUGACACAAGUAGAUAUAGUAUAGCAUAAGUAGGUCGUUAUAGUCGUUGAAUGCUUAAGCCUUGCUACGCAUCGUCUCAAAAAAGGUAAUAACGCCCUUGGCGAUAUCCUCACCACUCCUGCCGUGUGUCGCCCUACCUGCGCCAUGGUCCUGGGUUUCCAUGGAGUCAUCAUCCUCUUGUAUAUCCUCUACUGGGAUUGCAGAAAGCUGGACGGAGAGAUCACCGUACAGCCUCACGAAUUGCUGGGUGUUAUCAAUGAGAGAGGUGAUUUUCCCUCGUAAAGAGUAUCCUGGAAGCGAAGAGAGUAUAGAUUUCUGGUUGGAGGGGUUAUCUUGCAUCAGCAGCCCGAACAGGACAGACAUAUAUCCUCGGAGAAAACUGGUUUCUGGUCUAUCUGCAAGAUUGGACUCGCUUUGCUGAACAUAAAUCAACACAAGACACUGCAGGAUGCUGCGGCGGUCAGGGCACUGGCAGGUUUUAACGCAAUGCCGAGAGCCAGUGCAACCGGGAUCAAGACGAAGCGUCCUUGACAGAUCCUUCACAUCUUGGGAGGUUGAAGCCCAAUUUAAAAUCAGCCCCAGAGCCAAACAGAGCAUAUCAAAUGCUUGAACAGCUUCACUCGGUGAAACAUCAUCUUCAGACUGGUCUUCCAACGUCUGUGAGGUGGACCAACAUUCUUGCGCUCGGAUGAUUAUGAAC